AUGAGGAAACAUUUCCAACCAUUCUUCUGGCAGCAAUUAUUGCCGCCGGAGCAACGGCACCGGACGCUUGAAACUGCAGUUGCGAACAAGCUUAAUGUUGUAGUUGGUGGGGGCAAUGAUUUCCGCAGCACAAGAUACCAGAAGGGUCCUUGUAAUCCACUGCCGAUAUCGGUGGUCGAUAUUGUUACGCCACAAUUCUUUAAUGCGAUUAUGAAUGUUGUGGAAGCCGGUUGUGAAGGGAAGAAUUUUUAUUCAAGAUCAGCAUUUCUUGAAGCUCUCUCUCCUUACCCUGGGUUCGGGAGAAUUGGAUCAAUUGAUGAUUAUCAGCGUGAAAUUGAAGCUUUCUUCAGCCUUGUCACGCAAGAAACUGGACUUAAGAUCCCUCACUUUUUCCCCAUAAAUGUAUACUUUGGAGAUCGACUAUUGCAUGCAUUUAUAUACCAAAUCAAUUACAGUACGAGUAUAAUCGGGUUGGGUCAAGUUGAGCUCAAGUACUACAUUGGCUACUGUAACCAGCUCGGUGUGGAUCCCGAGCCUAAUCUAACCUGCUAG